AUGUGGACUUCAUCGCGAGACUACCUCAUGCUGGCCAUGCUGGCCAUGCCCCAGGCGGCUCACUUCGCGGUUGCGGAGAGAGUGCUGGGUGUAUACAUUUUUGCCCGCCACGGAGAUCGUACCCCGAAAAUUCAGGGCAACACCCAGCUUACGGACCUGGGGUACAGUGAGGUGUUCAUGACCGGUAGCUACUACCAUAGUCGUUACAUCGAUUCGAACUCCUCCCUUCAAAUUGACGGUAUCAGCACGGAUAUCGUCAAUCUCAAGCAGCUUAGUGCAGCUGCUCCAUCUGAUGCCGUGUUGCAGAACUCGGCCACCGGCUUCCUGCAGGGUGUUUACCCUCCAGUGGGAACAAUGGCCAGCCAGGAAUUGGCCAACGGGACUACAGUUGAUGCCCCACUGAACGGCUACCAGCUGGUCCCGCUCUCGCUCACCACCAGCGGAACAAACAGCGAGGACAACACAUGGCUCCAAGCCACUACCAAGUGCCAGAAGGCCAAGGUCAGCAGCAACAGCUACUACAGCUCGACACUGUACAAGGAUCUUCUGGCCUCGACUCAAGACUUCUACACAUCAUUCACGCCAGUUCUAGAGGGCCAGUUCCCCACAUCUGACAUUAGCUUCAAGAACGCCUACCCCAUCUUCGACUACCUCAAUGUAGCCAGAAUCCACAACACCAGCACCGAGAACAUGCCCACCGACGCGCAGUUCCACCAGCUGCUCACCUUGGCCAACAUCGAGCAGUACAACCUGGCCUACAACUCGACAGAGACCGUCCGGGCCAUUGCCGGUGCCCAGCUCGCGGGAGAGAUGCUCGACGGCCUCCGCGAGACGAUCAGCACGCAGGGCAAAACCAAGCUGAACAUCCAAUUCGGCUCCUACGGCACUUUCCUUUCAUACUUUGGGCUUGCCCAGCUCCCCGCAGCCAACACCGACUUCACCGGCAUCCCUGACUACGCCUCCUCAAUGGCAUGGGAGCUGAUCACCGACUCCACCAGCGGGUUCCCCGACCCCGCUGACAUCUCCGUGCGCUUCAUCUUCCACAACGGCACCAUCACUAGCUCUGACGAGCCGACCGAGUUCGCCCUCUACGGCCAAUCGAGCGCCACCAUCCCCUGGUCGGAAUUCGAGAAGCAGACCAAGAACAUCGCGGUCAUGUCCACGGAGGAGUGGUGCAGCGCCUGCGGUAACACCGAUGGAAAAUGUGCCAGCUCGUCCUCGGACUCUGCCGGUGCUCAGUCGACGGACAGCAACAAUAACGGAAUCUCCAAUGCUGUUGCCGGUGUUAUUGGUGCUAUGGUUACCCUUGGGGUUAUUUUGGGCUUGGGGCUGGUGUUCUUCUUGUUGGGUGGCUUUACCAUUGCCAAGAAGAGGAAGACUGGUGCCGCAAGCAUCUCGUCUGAUGCAACGGAGACGAAAUUUGUUGAGCACAGUUAA